AUGAUAGUUCUUUUUGCCACUUCCUGUGAGUCAUGUGUUCAUAUGUCGCUGUUGUUUCUUAUACACUAUCUAUCUAUCUAUCUAUCUAUCUAUCUAUCUAUCUAUCUAUCUAUCUAUCCUAUUAAUAUAUAUCUAUCUAUCUAUCGAUCUAUCCUAUUAAUAUAUAUCUAUCUAUCGAUCUAUGUUAGCCUAUUAAUAUCUAUCUGUCUAUCUAUCUAUCUAUCUAUCUAUCUAUCUAUCUAUCUUAGCCUAUUAAUAUAUAUCUAUCUAUCUCCUAUAAAUAUCUAUCUAUCUAUCUAUCUAUCUAUCUAUCUAUCUAUCUAUCUUAGCCUAUUAAUAUCUAUCUAUCUAUCUAUCUCUGUCAUUUCAUAUCUAUAUUCGUUGUUCACUGGAAAUUUAAUCUAUCUAUCUAUCUAUCUAUCUAUCUAUCUAUCUAUCUAUCUAAUUCCCUUUUGCGCCUUCUUUAAUAAAAAAAAUAGUCGAGUUUGUUCCUCUCUGCUGGUCUGUCUGUCUGUCUAUCUAUCUAUUCUAUCAGAACCUCAACAAGAACUAACACGAAAUUUUAACACCAAUCUACGGAAAGUAAUCAACUUGUUUAUUUUCAACAACAUUUAUGUCAGUCAACUUCUCUCUCUCCCUCUUUCUCUCUAUCUCUUUCUCUCUCUCUCUCUCUCUCUCUCUCUCUCUCUCUCUCUACUUCAACUGAUAAGAUUAUCUAUCUAUCUAUCUAUCUAUCUAUCUAUCUAUCUAUCUAUCUAUCUAUCUGUCUGUCUGUCUGCUGUACUCUGUUCAUAUCUAUCUCUUUAUUUUUUGUUUUAUUUUCUUUAUUUCACAGUAAAUACUAUCUAUCUAUCUAUCUAUCUAUCUAUCUAUCUAUCUAUCUAUCUAUCUAUCUAUCUAUCUAUCUAUCUAUCUCAGUCCGUAUCUAGCUGUCUAUCUAAAUUUUUGCAUUAUUUACUUUAUUUCACAAACAUCUCUUUCUCUCUCUCUCUCUAG